AAAAACCCCGCAGAAGUAUGAGUGGACAGACGCAGGAGGAGAGGAACGCUGUUGUGCGUAAGAAGAUGCUGGACCUGAAGAAUGUCAAGGUGGGACCAUUGCCGAAGGACUCACCAUGGUUAAGACCGGCGCGCAUAUCAUUCAUGCAAGAUGGCAAAGCGAAGAAUUGGGAUGUCUCGAGGAUACACGACAGUGUUGCAAUUAUUAUUUACAACACCACGAGGAAGAAGCUAGUGUUUGUGAGACAGUUCAGACCAGCUGCUUACUAUGGAAUUCUACCAGAGAGACAUCAGGAUGUUGACACGAAACAGUAUCCCCCAGAGGCUGGGCUGACCCUUGAACUGUGCGCUGGGAUUAUUGAUAAGAAUUUACCAUUAGUUGAAAUUACCAGGGAUGAGUUGAAGGAGGAAGUUGGGUAUGAGGCAUCUGCCUCUGCUUUUGAGAAAAUUCUCACGUACACGUGA